GUUAUAACGGUGCUUCUAUGUAGUUAUAUACAAGCGUGUCUUCUCCGUUUUGUGAAAGUUAUAAAAUAAAUGUUUAGCGAGUUAUUGGUGCGAAAACCAACGUGCUUUUGCCAAGAUGAAUUUUACGCGAGUUGUUGUAUUUGUUAAUGACAAUAAGAAGUCCACAGGCACGGUGAGUGAGGGGCUUGCUGAAAAAGAGGGCCGCUUUGGAUAUGGUGGCGAAUUGCACCUUUUGGAUAGAACCUCGCUGCGUCUGCUGUGCUGUCAGAACGCCUCCAAGCCUCAUGUGCUGUUGGCUAAGAAGCUACAUUUUGACUCGUUGGUGAGCAGUGGAGCGAUAGAUAAUACGCAGACGGAGCUUUCCGGCCUGUUGCACUGGAUGUUUACGAAUCAGCGAGAUGGCUUGCUGCUCCGGUUGACACCUAACCGGAACUGUAACUUCAUGUUCCUAAUGAACGCGCUGGCUGUCCAGGUGACCGAAAAGUUGGAGGAGUUGCGGCUGAAGCUGGAACGGGGCCAGGUUCGCUACAGGCAACUGGUAGAGGAGCAGACGUUGCCCAGAUGUGGCUGUGCGAGCCGCUUGGAAACGCAGUUCAAUUUUUCGCACACUGGCGAGCUAUUCAGUUGGUUCGUGAACGAAUACCGCCUGCGAGCAGGCUUGGCUACCGGCCACGAGUUGGUCGAAGUGGAGUACCACGUCGAGCAGAAGGAGAAGAAUCUGAAGUUCUGCGUAAAGUUCGGAGUUGUGUUUGUGGCUAUGUCUGACCUGGGCCUAGAAGGCUUAUGUGCUCUGCGCAGCUACUUCAGUAACGACGUCAUUACAGCGGCUCUGGCACGCACCGCUCUGGCAAAGUAUUUGCGGCACGUAACGGAGGAUGCAGACCGCAAGCCUGUGGUGGUGCUGCUGCUCUGCCAUGUGUUAACCACUGGCGCCAAAAUUGAUGCCGCCAAUGUGCAGUUGCUGGGCUUGGCGCAUUUGGCCUAUCGGCAGGACAAGCCGGGCCUCGAGCGAGAGGAAUCGGUGCGCACAGCGACUCUUGCUUCAGACCAUUUGCCGGCCUACACUUCAAGCAUGGCUCCUCUGACGGAGUUAAAUCAGCUAAAGCAUCUUGAAGAGGAAAAUAAUGCGAAUAUCAUCACCUUGCAGCAAUGCCUGGAGCACUGUGUACAGGAAUCCCAUAUAAUGAGAAGCUUCAUCGCCUCCAACAGCAUCUUCCAGCACUGCGAGCUCGAUGGAGACAUACAGACCGUGCAGACAUCCUUGGAGCGUUGCGUGCAACACGCCCAGCUGUUGGAACUGUGCCGCAAUAAGUUCGAGGAAUGUUUUUCCAAUAAUGUGGAAAUGUCAAGAUUGAUGGCCAGUCCUGUGCUGUCCCAGAUUAUCGCGAAAAGCUUCAACUCCGCCAAUAGGAGCAAUAAAUUAAUUUGAUUCCAAUAAUAUCUCAAUGUCUCAUGAUCGUGUACUUACAAUUUAGAAAUAUCUUAGCAUUAAGUUAUGAGUUUUGUAGCAUUUUCAAAAAUUUACUGUAAUACCA